GCUGGAGACAUCCUGCCAGCGGGCUGUGUGGAACGCAGAGGUGGCCGGAGAACGCAUCACUGGGGAGGUGGUCUUCGAUGCAGACGACGAGUACGGCCUUUCUGAGGAGAACAAUGCCUAUUUGGGACGCGGCGACUUUGUGUCCCUUGUUCGGCGAGGCAGCGAGAACGGCGAGUUCGCGCCCUUCGCCCUGAAGGUGCCUCCGCGGUUCUUCACUUGGUGCAGUUCUUAG